AUGGGGAAUCAAACAGGGGUCUUGAAUUUUCUCCUUUUGGGUCUAUCUGACCAACCAGAGCAGCAGCAACUCCUUUUCAGACUGUUUCUGGGCAUGUACUUCAUUGCAACCCUGGGGAACCUGCUCACCAUCCUGGCAAUUUGUUUUGAUUCCCAUCUCUACACCCUUAUGUACUUCUUCCUUGCCAACCUAUCUUUUCUUGAUCUCUGUUUUACCUCCACCACAAUUCCCAAGAUGCUGAUAAAUUAUUCGUUAGGGAGUAAUGCCAUCUCCUAUGCAGAAUGCCUGGCUCAAAUGUAUUUCUAUAUUGCCUUUGGUGCAUCAGACAGCAUCCUCCUCUCUGUGAUGGCCUAUGACCACUACCUUGCUGUCUGUCACCCUUUACACUAUUGUACAAUCAUGACCUCAUGCCUUUGUGCCCUAUUGGUGGCUGUGCCUUGGGUUUCUGCUCACCUCAUUUCAAUGGUCCAUGCCGUAAUGAUAGCUCAGCUAUCUUUCUGUACAAAUAAUAAAAUCCCUCACUUCUUCUGUGACAUAAAUGCUUUGAUUAAAAUCUCAUGUUCUGAUGCCCAUGUCAAUGAAAUUUUGGUCUUUCUUCUUACCGGACCAAUAGUUUUAAUUUCUUUCACAUGCAUUUUGGUCUCUUACACUCCUAUUGUCUUUGCUGUGUGGAAAGUCCCAUCAGCUCAUGGGAAAUGGAAGGCCUUCUCUACUUGUGGCUCCCACCUGUCUGUGGUCUCUCUUUUUUUUGGCACCAUCAUUGGUGUGUAUUUCAACCCAUCCUCCACUCACACAGCCCAGAAAGACAUGAUAGCGACUGUGAUAUAUGCAGUGGUCACCCCUACACCGAACCCUUUCAUCUAUAGCCUUUGGAACAAGGACUUGAAAAGAGCCCUGGGGAAGCUUCUUGACUUACAAUGUUUCUCCAAGGGAUGA